GUCAGCGUCAUUGCAGAGUCUCAAAUUUCGUGCAAGUGUUUGGAUUAAUUCAAAAUAAAUUUGGGGGACAGUCAGCUAGCUGCUGCAGUGAGAAAUGAAGGAAAAGAUUUUGUUUUACAGAACACAGUGACGGUAGACGUAAUGAUAACUUUGUGGAUCUGAUGCAAAAAAAAAAAAAAAAAAAAAAAGGAGGGCAAUGGUGAACACGAACAGGGCCGGCUCUUGGCCAAGAGUACCCAGAUGCAGCGCCAAGAUGGCGGACCCAAAGAUAAAAAACCACAUUUACAAAACGCAAUAAGUUUCCGCAUUACCUCCGAUUGGCGGACCCAAAACAUGAACUUUGAACUUCUGCUUUGCGAUGCCAGAACAGUAGGUGGCGGUAUGCACCUACACUUUCUGACGGCAAAAUUUACAGAAGAAGAAGAACUCUCAGGAAGUUUGAAAAGAAGCAAGCCGUCCGCAUUCAUUCAAUCUCACCUCCGACCACUCAAACUAACCCUAACCCUGCAUUCCAUUGUUUCCAUCAUGGGAAAUCUAAGUGACGCUCUCAAAUUAACAGGAACAUUGCGCAGAAGAUAUGUCCUGGGCAAUGGACUGAGAAAACGGGCAGAGAUUUGGAGGUAUUUGUGCAUGCUUUAUAUUACAGUUGAAAAGUGUAUAACAGCUUUCCAAUGCUGUUACUUGUGGCGAACACCUUUUUGCUUGAGUUGAUGCGUGCCCGCAGGUGGAAUAAUGUCACAUGUCACACACAUUUUCUGUUGUUUUGAUUUAUUUACUCAUUCAUCAUUUUAUGUGCGCACCUCUCCUAAUCAACCCACCCAUUAAAUAGACAGGCACAAUAGCACCAUCUGCUGGCACAAAAAAUACAUAACAAUAAACUGCAAAACCCCAAUCUGGCUCCUACAAAGUGUAUGUGACAAGAUGAUUAACGUUUGCUUUUGUUAAAUCAGGGCUUCCCCAGCCAGGACUUCGGCUCAGACUGUGGCAUAUUCAUGUUGAUGGUAGGUCAUAACGAGCUGUAAUGCACAAAUAUUGUAUCUAGAAUAACUUUCCAACAUGGACUUUUUUAAAGUUAUCUCACAUGUUGUCUCAUAAUUUUUUUUUUUAAGUCUGCCAUGUACAUCGUUAUGGAGUCACAGUUUGACUACUCAGUUGUAAGUACUUUUCAACACGCAGUGUCAUCCUCAAGAUUGUAUUUUGUAUUGUGCACUAAAAUGAAGUACAAACAACAAUUUCAGCAUGACAUGCCUGUUUGGCGGCGAUGGUGGUGCCUGUUGCUCCUGGAGAACAAUGCUUUGAACAGGUAGACAGUUUAAGUAAACUAGAUGUCCUAAUUAACUGGAAGACAAUCAAUAUAUUGUACUUAAAGACAUAUUGUCAUUACAGUUGUGGGAAAAUCUUCGCCCACUGGACCAAAGAAUGUCAAGAGCUCAUUGCUGGAAAGCAUACUCCGGUCUUCAGUCUAAAGAGGAAGGCAGAGCAGCAGGACAUAGAGGUUAGAAAAUUGCCUUGUAAAAACAGUAUUAUCUCAGUGGGAGUCCUUCAAAAUGCACACAGUUGUAUGGAUCAACAUUGUCUCGAUGUAAUUGGUAAUUGAUGUUACUUUUCAAAUUGCCUUGUCAAGGAAACCAUGACGCAGACGGUAUCGGAUGUCCAAAGAAUGUGCAUGGCAGAUUCAAUGCAAUUCUGUGUCUACCAGACAUCGAACAACACAGGAGAGAGGUGUGUUGCAGACUCAAUUUAAUAAAUGCAAUUAUCGGGGCCUAUUCAGUGAUUUUCCAUGAAGUGACCACUUUUUUACAUAUAGUUUAAAUGCACGAAUCAUGCAGGAAAAUUAUUUAUACAUUCAAAUGUGCUGCAGAGGUAUAAUCAAUUGGACAGCGUGUUUGUUUAAUAUUAUGUUUGUCUCUCAUUUGAUCAGAUUGCUUUACCCUGAGGUAAACGUCAUAAAAUGGGUCCAGUGCAAGACGUGCAGGGGCUGGCUGCAUCAGGAUUGUGCUGGGAUUGAAAUGGAGCCGUUUGACUGCGGGUGCGAGGACUCCAUUGAGCAUCCUCGGUAUAACAUAAUUUAUCAAGGAAACAUAGUAUCAGUCAAAAAUACGAGGCUCAAAGGAUGAAAAAAUGAGGGCUUGCUCUUUUCUUAUUUCUCUGCAGGAUCAAGGAUGCUGUUGACAGUUGAGGAAUUCAUGCUGUCUUUUCUAAGACACAGAUCAAGGUUGCUUUUGAAUGCACUAUCAGUUGUUAAAGCCACCGUUUCUUUUUCAGAUGAUUACAUUUUUGUCUCUUGCUCUUUGGUUUCAGACAUUACACGAUGAUCUACUGUCUGGAAAGAUCCGCUCCAACAGAAUGUUCCUUUGGAGGAAUCCCGCCACCUCACUCCGACUAAAGCAGCAUCUUAAGAUAAGGACACUAAGUUGGAGUGAGCAGCGCGUAAGUAAAAAUGCCAUCCAUCAUGAGUAUUUUUACUCUCAGGGGUGUUACAUUUGAAAGGUGUUUACUUUCUGUGUUUUUCUUCAAUAGAUGUUCGAGCUCCUGCGGUUCAUUGAGGUGGCAACAAACAUUUCUAAAAAAAUAAAGAGAGGCGAGAUUCAUCUGCUUGAUUUCGUUUUUGACGUCAUGCUCCCAGAGGUGAGUAGAUCAAACUAUAUAGCUUGCUUUGAAAAUUGAUGAUAUUGUUAAGAGGUUGUUCUUAUUCAUUUGGAAAGCUCAAGAACAACAAUUAACCCAUACUGCAUAACUUCAAUUGUUCACAUUAUUUGACUGUUUUUCAGCUUUUGAUCAAAGCACUGAAGGAGCAUGGCAUCAACCGGUUCAGAGCAGAGCUGAUGAUGGCCUGUGGCAACGUGUUUUAAGACCCCCACCACACCGACGGCAGUGCUGAAUUUUGUAUAUAUAUAUAUUUUUUUACUGUUCACAAUUUUGUUUGGAAAAAAUUAAAGAAAUCUUCAAAGCA